AUGCCACACGGAAGCCUACUUCGCCACAUGUUCAAGCAUGGCCGGCACGCGAGAAACAGGUCCGAGACAGGUGUCCCUCUUCUCAGCGCGCCCGAAAAGCCAGCUCCCGCCGCCGAAGUUUCUAAAGCUUUGCCACCCAUCCCACGACGGUCUAUUUCCCCCGAGAAGCGCUUUGUUGAAGUCCUCCCCGAGAUCACAGAAGAGUCUAGUUCUGAGAACAGUACACCUGAUACAUCGCCUCUGCGCCCUGUAUCUACUACCUCGGACACGGCAUCUAUCAUCACAGUGAUUGCAGCACAAUCCCCCAGCAUCGAUGCCUCUGCCGUUUCAGAUCGCGAGAUCAUCUACGCAUCCAUUGAUGAGGCUAACGACGCAACGAAUGCGCAUCUUCGUACACUGGGAACGACGCUCGCGCUGCUUGAAGCGUUGGAGGGGUUCAGUCCGACGGUCGCGGUGCUGUUGCGCGAGUUCAAGGAGAAGAAAAGGGAGUGUGAGGCGAAGUUGGAGGAGCUGGAGCGCUUCGAGGAGGGAGUUGAUGGAUUAGUCCUUGCUGAUGAGGUCAAGAGGGGGCAUGGUUAUGGGAAGGCGAGGGCUUGA